AUGCCUAAGAAAAGCAAGGUGAACAAGCUGGCGCGAAUGUCGGAGGAGGAGCGCGCGCGCUACCUUCAGCACCGCGCUGACCUUGAGGAAGAAGCGAGGCGCAGGAAACGGGAACUCAUCUCCAGGUUCAUUAAGAAUAAACUUGACAAAGAGGAGUCGUACAGCAAGAUGAAUACAGCAAAGAUCAACCAAGAGUGGCGGUACGUACUGAGGAAAAUUAAAUGUAAACAGAUGGCCUCGGAUAUACAGGGUAUGAUUAUUAGCUUUAACUUCCUGGUAGAGAGGAAGGAUCGCCAGAUAGUCUCGCUUACAAGAGCACUGGAGGACUCUGACGAACAGCACCGACGCACCUUCCAGACUCAUACUGAGAACUUAAAUUAUUUCCUCAGUAAGUACUUGUAUUUUAAAUUAAUUCACAUUACUUCGGACUACUCUUAG